AUGUCUAUGGUUUUAUUUAUUGUAAUUCGAUUGGACAAGAAUUACAAUAAGCCAAUAUGGGAAGUAUUGACUGGGAGAAGAGAUGGAGGAACUUCACAUGCAUCAGAAGCUCUAGCCAACAUCCCUUCUCCAUUCUCCAACUUCACCACCCUCAUGCAGUCCUUUGCCAGCAAGAAUCUUACAGUCCAUGAUCUUGUGAUUUUGUCAGGUGCACAUACCAUUGGAGUUGGACAUUGCAACAUGUUCAGAAAGAGGCUAUAUAAUUUCACAGGGAAAGUCGAUGCAGAUCCUUCUCUGAACUCAACCUACGCUGCAUUCUUGAGAACAAAAUGCGAAAGCCUUUCUGAUAAUACAACCACAGUAGAAAUGGACCCUGGGAUUUCUGUAGCAUCUGACAACCAUUAUUUCUCAAAUUUAAAGCAUCAACAAGGCCUUUUCCAAUCAGAUGCUGCAUUGCUGACAGACAGAGGUGCAAGCAACAUUGUUGAUGAGAUGCUUACCGCUGGAAAAUUCUUCACUGAAUUUGGACAAUCCAUGAAGAGGAUGGGUGCAAUUGGAGUUCUUACUGGAAAUGCUGGAGAAAUAAGGAAGAAAUGUAGCGGGAUUGUCCUGUUUCUUGAAGAGCAAUAUAAUUACCAGGGAGAGCUGCAGAGGAACUAUUAUCGUAAGAGCUGCCGUGGGGUUGAACAGAUUGUGAGGGAUAUCACUUGGAGAAAUGUCAGUGCCAAUCCCAGCCUCGCCCCCAAGCUGCUUAGGCUACAUUAUCAUGACUGCUUUGUCAGGGGUUGUGAUGGAUCAGUUCUUUUGGAUUCAACCCCCAAUAAUCCAUCUGAAAAAGAAGCUAUACCCAAUCGAUCUCUAUCUGGAUUUGAUUUCAUUGAUAUCGUAAAGUCAAUUCUCGAAGAGGAAUGUCCAGGAGCCGUCUCCUGUGCUGAUAUUCUUGCCUUAGCAGCAAGAGAUGCAGUUUCAUAUCAAUUCCAAAGACCAAUGUGGCAGGUGUUCACUGGGAGGCAAGACGGAAGAGUUUCAGUUGAUUCUGAAGCAUUAGCAGGGUUGCCAUCACCAUCUUCAGACUUCCCCACUCUCCUUCAGAAUUUCCAGAGUAAUAAUCUGGACGUUGUCGAUCUAGUAACCUUAUCAGGGGCGCAUACAAUUGGAGUCACACAUUGCAAUUUGGUUGCGAAGAGACUGUACAAUUUCACAGGGAAAGGAGACACAGAUCCUUCUUUGGACUCUGAAUAUGCUCAAACCUUGAAGACCAUUUGUCCUCUUCCUAUUGUUCGAACCACAACUCUAGGAAUGGACCCUGGAAGCUCAGACUCUUUCGAUAACCAUUAUUUUGUGGCUUUGAGCCAAAAUAUGACAGUUUUUCAAUCAGAUUCAGCCCUGUUAAGCAAUCCACUUUCAGCUACAAUAGCAUCACAUCUCCAGAAUCCUCGGCUUUUCUUCGCUCUAUUUGCUCGAUCCAUGACGAAAAUGGGUGCCAUUGGAGUACUUACUAAUGGGGAAGGAGAGAUUAGGCAGAAUUGUCGAGUUGUCAAUGCUUAG